GGGCUUAAAGUCAGGAACGUGGAUAGGACUCAGGUUAAGUUCUGGGCUCUGGGUGCCCUGCGGGGGUGUGGUGGUGAGCCAUCUGCAUUGUGGCCACUGUAACUGUCAUUGCUGGACAGCUCGGGCCAGGUCUCCCCAUGGCUAGGCUAAAGCCACACAGGUGUCCCUCUGCAGGGACACCACCUGGAGGUGCUUGAUGCCUUCUGGGAGUAGGUCCUAGGGGAGAGGGCUCCAUAGCCCCAUAGCCCAGGUGUGCCCCCAGUUGAGUUUUCAAGAGGGGCAGUGAUGCCCUGUGGGGCACCGGCUUAGCCCUGUUAAGUGCCAGGACCACAGUCCAGCAGCACCGGCUACACAGCCCUGGCCUUUGAAGGUUCCUGUCAGCCACAGCAGGGGCCGGCCAGGACGUGGGCCGGAGCUGCAUCCUGGUCUCCAUCGCAGGCAAGAACGUCAUGCUGGACUGCGGGAUGCACAUGGGCUUCAAUGACGACAGGCGCUUCCCUGACUUCUCCUACAUCACCCGCAGUGGCCGGCUGACCGACUUCCUGGACUGCGUGAUCAUCAGCCAUUUCCACCUGGACCACUGUGGGGCACUCCCCUACUUCAGCGAGAUGGUGGGCUAUGAUGGGCCCAUCUACAUGACCCACCCCACCCAGGCCAUCUGCCCCAUCCUGCUGGAGGACUACCGCAAGAUUGCUGUGGACAAGAAGGGCGAGGCCAACUUCUUCACCUCCCAGAUGAUCAAAGACUGUAUGAAGAAGGUGGUAGCUGUCCACCUCCACCAGACGGUCCAGGUGGACGACGAACUUGAAAUCAAGGCCUACUAUGCAGGCCACGUGCUGGGGGCAGCCAUGUUCCAGAUCAAAGUAGGCUCAGAGUCUGUGGUCUACACGGGUGAUUAUAAUAUGACCCCGGACCGGCAUUUGGGAGCUGCCUGGAUUGACAGAUGCCGCCCCAACCUGCUCAUCACAGAAUCGACCUAUGCCACGACCAUCCGGGACUCCAAGCGCUGCCGUGAGCGAGACUUCCUGAAGAAAGUCCACGAAGCCGUGGAACGUGGCGGGAAGGUGCUGAUCCCUGUGUUUGCCCUGGGCCGCGCUCAGGAGCUGUGCAUCCUGCUGGAGACCUUCUGGGAGCGCAUGAACCUAAAGGCCCCCAUUUACUUCUCCACGGGCUUGACGGAGAAAGCCAACCACUACUACAAGCUCUUCAUAACCUGGACCAACCAGAAGAUCCGUAAGACCUUUGUCCAGAGGAACAUGUUUGAAUUUAAGCACAUCAAAGCCUUCGACCGAGCAUUUGCUGACAACCCGGGUCCGAUGGUGGUGUUCGCCACGCCAGGCAUGCUGCAUGCUGGCCAGUCGCUGCAGAUCUUCCGGAAAUGGGCAGGGAAUGAGAAGAACAUGGUCAUCAUGCCUGGCUACUGCGUGCAAGGCACCGUGGGCCAUAAGAUCCUCAGCGGGCAGCGCAAGCUGGAGAUGGAGGGGCGGCAGGUGCUGGAGGUCAAGAUGCAGGUGGAGUACAUGUCCUUCAGCGCCCACGCGGAUGCCAAGGGCAUCAUGCAGCUGGUGGGCCAGGCGGAGCCCGAGAGCGUGCUGCUGGUGCACGGGGAGGCCAAGAAGAUGGAGUUCCUGAAGCAGAAGAUCGAGCAGGAACUCCGGGUCAACUGCUACAUGCCGGCCAACGGUGAGACGGUGACGCUGCCUACGAGCCCCAGCAUCCCCGUGGGCAUCUCGCUGGGGCUGCUGAAGCGGGAGAUGGCGCAGGGGCUGCUUCCUGAUGCCAAAAAGCCCCGGCUCCUGCAUGGCACCCUGAUCAUGAAGGAUAGUAACUUCCGGCUCGUGUCCUCAGAGCAGGCCCUCAAGGAGCUGGGCCUGGCUGAGCACCAGCUGCGCUUCACCUGCCGCGUGCACCUGCACGACCCUCGGAAGGAGCAGGAGACAGCCCUGCGGGUCUACAGCCACCUGAAGAGCGUCCUCAAGGACCACUGCGUGCAGCACCUUCCCGAUGGGUCUGUGACUGUGGAGUCCAUCCUCAUCCAGGCUGCUGCCCACUCAGAGGACCCAGGCACCAAGGUGCUGCUGGUGUCCUGGACCUACCAGGAUGAAGAGCUGGGCAGUUACCUCACGUCGCUGCUCAAGAAGGGCCUCCCCCAGGCCCCCAGCUGAGGUCAGCGGGUCAACAAAGGGACCUAGGCUUUCGUUCUAGGGCUGUGUCUGUGCCUCAGCUCUUCCCUCUUUGUCCCUGGACGCGGAGCCCCCGGCUGCUCACGGCUUUUGUCUGUGAGGACAAGACCACAGUGUCCUGUGCCUGCCCAACUGGCCGCUCUUGGCUGAGGAAAGACACAGGCCUGGGGACUUGAUUUCUAUUCUUUAUUUCUAUUCCCGAGCCCCCAGCGGAUGGAGGGACACUCCUGAGGUGUUCAUUUCCAGUAAAAACGGAACCAGCA